AAACACCUGAAAGGUCAAGUAAUCAAACAGUGAGAACGACACACAGUUAACAAUGCUGGCAUCAAUCAGGAUUCAGUAAACUGACACUGGCCAAGUGGCCCAUGUACCUAAGCUGUACUUUCAUUAGGAUCAGUAUUGUGGAUCAUAAAUCAGUAUGACUACCCUGAUUCCUACAUCUGGGCUUGGUGGCAGCAGAGACAGCCUCAAUGGGCCCUUGGAAGAGGAGCAUGCAAGUAGCAAUGAAGCACUUCCCAACUCUGGGAUUGUUAUAGUGGAUCUCCAAGAUGGUAGCAAUAUUCCAGUCUCUAGUACAAAAGGGACAUUUGAAAUAGGUUUGAGCCUUAUGGACACUAUAGUUGUUGAAGUGCAUGGUAAAUCUGACAGUGACUUGUGUAUAACCCUGUGUAGACUCAUCCUCAAUGAUGAAGGUGAUUGGCUGAAACCAACACGAGACCUGCCAUGUUUACUCAAUGAUGCUCCAGUAAAGCGACAAACUGAUAUAUCACAUGGAAGUUUAAUCAAAGUUGGGGAUAGGUAUAUGCAUUAUAACAACUACAAUAAGCAGUACCAUGUGAUCCCUGAGAAUGACAAUGAGACUCCCCCUAAAGAAAAUGAGGUGCCAAUCCCUUCCAAUGCUCCACCCCCAAAACCAAGGAGAGUCUCUAAUCAAGAAGAGGCAUUCUUACAGGCUGAACUCGCUAAAGCUAAGAAGAUGUCUAGAAGCAGGCGAAGCGUCAUAGACAAAGUUCCAGUAACCUACUACAGCAUACUGCAGCCAAUCUUAGGGGAGGAAAUGCUUGACCACAUGGACAUAAGCCAGCAGCGUCUUCAAAUUGCAAAUCUUGCUUUCUCCUAUGUCAGUAGACAGCUGGUCCUGCAUACUGAGGCUGAUGUUUCACCACAGGCCUUGGACCUCAUUUAUAGAGUCCUACAGGAAAUGAGUGAAGAUAAUGAAGAUGUUCUGUUGGAUUUCAUUGUGAUAUACCACCAGGAGGGUGUCAAUGAUGGCACAGUGAGGCAGCCUGCACAUAAAGCUCUCAUUCUCCUUCUCACACAUCUGUUAAAGUUCUCACUGGAUCCUGUAGAACCCAACAUAGUCUGGCUGCAAGUGCUCAACCAUAUUGUGGUGAACCAUUUUGAUGAUGUCAUGGAGUACAUGAUUGAGUACCAGGCUGGGGCAAGUGUCAUGGGAAACAUGGCAGCCCAUGCCAGCAAUGCAACCAUACAACAAUACGGCUGCUGUGUACUGGCUCACUUGGCAAACUACAGGCAGAAACCUAAUGAACGAAGUCCUGUCCGAGAGGGUGGUUUGGAUCUUAUAGUGCAGGCUAUCUUCAAUCAUAGCAAUGACCCCAUUGUGGUGGAACCUGGAUGUAGGGCACUAGCCAAUGUUAUAGGAAACCUUAUCAGCACACAGGAACAAGGUACUCAAUUGAGUAAGAGGGAGAUGAGACGAACAGACACCUUAUGGGAAUUACUUGAGCAGCAUGCUCUUCCUAUCAUCAUGUCUGUUGUUCAAACAUUCCCUGAGAAUGAUGACAUCAUCAAGAAUGCAUUGUAUGUUUUGUCACAUGUGGAUGUUAGAGCAAGGAGCAGAAGUUUAAAUAGAGCAGACUCUACAGAGUCUGAGGCGACACUUUCCCGAGCCAGUAGCGUGCAGGAUACAGACGUGUUUAGUGAAGAAGACAGGGUGAAAUCUCCCAGAGAGGGCCUCUUGAAGUCACCCAGUGAGACGGCUCUACCAACCGUCAAGGAAGCUAGUCCAGAAGUAGUCAAGAAACCAGAGAAAUACAAGGAAUCAGACAUUGAGGAAGUUUUAGAUGUGCCAAAUAAGGAAGAGCUGAAAAGUUCAAAGGCUUAUUAUGAUCAAUCUGAAAAUAGUGUGAAGCCACAGGAUAAGGAUAAUGCUCAAAAGGAGAGAAGGAUAGGGGUUACUGAAAAUGUAGACAGAUCUCAUAGUGAUGCAAUAAUAGAUAUGAAUCAAACUGUUGAUGCUCAAAUAUAUGAUAAUAAACAAAAUAAUGUGAGUUUGGAUGUCAGUCAAGCUAAUAAAGCAACUGAACGUCCCUCUUGGACUGGUGAACAUAUUCCAGAUGUGCUUACAACAUUAAUUAACAAAUCAGUAGAGGACUCAAUCACAUCUACUGUUAGUGAGUACUAUAAACCGCUCAAUAAGGAAAACACUGUUGAGCAAUCCUAUGACUCCACGGCCAGUGGGGCAUAUCAAUUUUAUGAUAUAGAAGGGCUUCAGCGUCAACUCCAAAAAGACAUGGCAUCAGAUAUUGAGCUUGAAUUAUCAAUGGCUGCUGAUAGCUCAGUAGCAGAUGAUUCUGAUUUAUCAAAUUACCUCAAUGUCUCUAAACCAACUAAAAAAGACUCCUUUAAUGAUUUGCUAGAGAGCAAUUAUGGACUUGAGGAAUCGGGUGAUAUUUCAAACUUACUCGAGCCAUCGAUUGACGAUUUUGAAAGCUUAGUGUUGAAAAAUCAGGAAUCUGAUGAAAUCUGGAAUAAAGCAGAUGUUGAACUGACAAAUUAUUCAGACACAUCAGAAAAUACUGCUGGAUAUCAUGAUGGAUAUAAAGAAAACAAAACAGACAAUACAUCUGUUAGUCCUCCAAAUAACAAUUUUGAGAAUGCUACAUUCACUUUGGAGGAUAUUGCUGAGGAAGAAAUGGUUGAGAAUGGGGAUCAAGAUGCUGAGCAAACUGACCAAAACGGAGAAGAUGCAUUCACUGCAGACCAUAACACAGUUGUUGAGACCUUGACAGCAAGACAUGUGUUAAUGGGUUACAUAGCUGAACUAUGGAGUGAUGGUAGUUGUUUCCAAGCACUGAAGCUGUUUAAAAUGCCAAUGGAGCAACUGUGUCGUGAAGUUGAAAUGGCUGAACCGCCAGUGUUCCAACCAGGGGACACUCUUACAACAUGGGACCCAAUACUUGUUGCUAGCAUGUUGGUCAGCCUUGCACAGAGGGUGGACAGAAGGAGUAUUGCCUUAGAGAUCCUUAACAUUGUCAUGCGCUUGCUAGAUGCCCAUCCUCUUGCUGAUGUUGUAUUGAGUUUGCAGACAACAGUUACCACGCUGCUUUGGGGGGAGUUACAGCAACAUAUCCAAUGCACAACUGUAGUAGAUAAACUACAUGCCAAGGUAGAAGGAAUCCUUGCUUCAGAGGAUGAAGAAUUCAACGAUGAAGAACGUCACGGAUUGACAGCCAUUUUGUAUGCCACUCAAAAACAAUAGAACAUUCCAGAAUAUUUCCAGGACUUAUAUCC